AUGCUGAACGCAGUGGAGCUCCGGCAGUCCUACACUGCGUGCGAUCUCUUCAUCUCCGCCUCCAACUUCGAGACCCUAGGCAACACCGUCAUCGAGGCGUUCUGCUCGGGAACGCCAGUGGCCGUCCAGCCCGCACAGGGUCACCUGGAGUAUGUGAAGGAUGGGGUGAACUCCUGGUUUGUCGACUACGAGGACGCGAAGGAAGCUAGAGCUACGCUCACGAGAAUAGUUGCAGGGGGCCUCGACGCCGCCUCGCUGCCGCGCGUGCUGCCGGAGCUGGCGCCGCUCGGCCAGAGGCUCCGCACCAUCGAGUUCGCCCGGGAGCUGGACGUGGCGCUCGUCCAGCCUGCGCUGGAGGCUGGCAGGGCGAUGUCGCUGGGGCGCGGCGCCUGCGCCGACCUGCUCGAGGUGGCGACGAGGGCCGCGUGCCUCACCGCGUGCUGUCCGAUAAUAUGGUGGGCUCUGCGGGUCUUCUCCCGGGUGACCUACGUCACCUCGAGCGACCCGAAGUUCCAGAUACUCGGGGAGCUCGGCCGAGCCAUGGACGACGGCAAGGGCCGGACGACUUACACCUUCCCGUGCUUGCGGCUGCUGUUCGACAGCGGGGCCUGCCAGAAGAGAAGUGUGUCCAUGGAACCCGCCGACGAUUACGACUCGCACUUCAGGGACGCGCAGGAGCGUGCGCUCAGCAAGUGGUGGAAGGACACCCACGAGGUUGUGCUGUGCGUCGUCCUGCUCGGGGUUGUCUGGAAGGUCGCGACGGGCUAG